AGCGGGCUUGUUUAUUGGCUAACUCCACGGAACAGACAGACAGACUCAGAAUCAUUCCGUGGAUUUGGCUGUGUCUGGGCGGCACUAUCGUGUGGGACUUUUUCCAGUUAUCCCGCGGGCUUACAUCUGUACCGGAGGAGAUAUAUUUAUUUCUCAGUGGAGGGGAACCUUCGUUUUGUCCGAUGAACAGAAGCAGCGAUGGCUGCUGACCCCGCUGCUUCCCUUCGCCCUAACGGAAGCUUCUCGGCUGGGUAGACGAACCGACCGGGUCUGCUGCGAAUUACAUUCCGUCAGAGCCAAGAAUCACCGCAGACAUAAAAAGUUUAUCUGUUGAUGCCGGUGUCAGCCAUGGAGACCACCCAGGUGACUUUGGUGAUCAGGGAGGAAACAUCUCCAGGUGAGGUGAUUGCAGUUGUUGGUAGCUGUGAGGCCCUGGGAAACUGGAGCUAUCAAAAAGCUGUGACUUUACAUCCUCUAGGUGAUGAUGGGCAGGCUUGGACUGUAACAGUCUCUGUGCCCAGAGGUGUUGUUUCCAGGUAUCGCUAUUUUAAAGGCUUCUUCUUAGAGUCUAAGAGUGCAGGUGGCCCCUGUCAAGUGAUAGUCAAUAUGUGGGAGACCCAUCUUCAGCCCCGCACGAUGAGCCCCACAGAAACGCAUCAGAAUAUCGACGAUGGACAGUUUGGAUUUCAAAAUGAUUUAAAAUGUCUUGACUCGGGGUGGCUGACAUGCCAGACGGAUAUUCGCCUGCGAUUGCACUAUUCCAAGAGGCCUCCAGUGUCCAUCACUAAGAAGAAAUAUAAGAAGUCUCGCUUCAGGAUCAAGCUUACAUUGGAGGGUGUUGAGGAAGAGGAAGAGGAUGAGGAAGAUGAGCUCAGCUCUUCAUCUAGGCACAAGAUGACCACCACUCUGGGGAUCAGUAUGAUGGAUAUUAAUGGCUAUAAGUCUCGACACUCUCAGCCGGAGUGUGGUUACGCCCUGGAGCCCCCCCGGUGGACAGAGUACAGCAUCCUCACCAUGGACCCUGACAACCUGGAGCUCACCUUUGAGUUUUUUGAGGAGGAUCUGAGUGAGCAUGUGGUUCAGGGGGACAUCCACCCGGGGCACGUGGGGACAGCCUGCCUCCUCUCCUCUUCAUUUUCAGAGCAUGGCAAAGACACGGGGGUGGUCACACUUCCCAUAAUGGGAAGAAACUCCAGGCAGACCAUUGGGAAAGUGAGAGUGGAUUACAUGGUGAUCCGGCCAAUCCAGGGCCUCGAGUGUGACAUGAGCUCGUCGUACACGAAGCACUGGAAGAAAAGAAGCACUGUGGAUGUCGGUCACAGAGGAGCGGGCAGCACGCACGCUGCCAAACACUACAAAGUUCGAGAGAACACAAUCACCUCUUUUAAAAGUGCAGCUAAACAUGGUGCAGCCUUUGUGGAGUUUGAUGUGCACCUCUCUAAGGAUGCUGUGCCAAUUGUAUACCAUGAUCUGACCUGCUGCAUUUCCACCAAGAAGAAAAAUGACAAAAAUCUGGAGCUCAUCGAGGUCCCGGUUAAAGAUCUGACAUUUGAUCAGCUGCAGCUUCUUAAGUUGGCCCAUACCACUGCAAUGCAAGGAAGUGAUUACAAAGAUCUUCUGGAUGAUGAAGAUGAAAUUGAUGAACAUCAGCCAUUCCCCUCGCUGUCUCAGAUUUUCCAAGCUAUUCCUGAGCACGUUGGCUUCAACAUCGAGCUCAAAUGGAUCAGCCAGAUGAAGGACGGAUCAUGGGACGGAAACCUGUCCUCCUAUUUCAACAUGAACACCUUCCUCGACAUCAUUUUCUCCUGCGUUCUGCAGAAAGGUGGGAAGAGACGCAUCAUCUUCUCAUGUUUCGACCCAGAUAUCUGCACAAUGGUGCGACACAAGCAGAACAAGUAUCCCAUCCUGUUCUUGACUCAGGGGGUUUCUGUUAAAUACCCUGAGCUGAUGGACAUCCGCUGCCAGACCACUCAGUUUGCUGUUAGCUACGCUCAGAGUGAAAAUAUUCUGGGCAUCAGUGCCCACACUGAGGAGCUGCUGAAGCACCUGAAUUACAUCAGGGAGGCCCAGUCCACAGGCCUGGUGGUGUUCAGCUGGGGCGACGACAAUAAUGACCACGAAACCAGGAAGAAGCUGAGGGAGGAAGGAAUUGAUGGGCUCAUAUAUGAUCGGAUUUGUGAAGCUCAAGGAGAGCAAGCAAACAUCUUCCAGGUAGAAGAGCAACACACUCUGCAGGAGGUCAUCACAGAGGAGACCUUAAAGAGCUCUGCUUGCGCCUGCUACACCAUUCCCUGCUCCAUGGUACCAUGUGUUGCCUCAAAGGCUCACGGUGGAAGUGCCGAGUCUGAUUCUGGCCUCAGCUCUUCAUAAAAAAAAGAGAAAAAUCAAGUGUCUACCUUUCUGUGUAGCUCGUUAUUCAUGCUGAUGUUGACCAAUGAAGGGUUGGACGAGUAAAUAAACUUGUACUUCCUCUGACCAAACUGAUCAGGUGCUCCUCCCUGCCAUUUUGUAUUUUCCCCACAAAAUGUUUUUAUUUAUUUAUAGUUCGACAUUGAGCCAAAACGUCAAAAGAAGCCAUAUUUUCUAUUUAUCCUGCAAAGGCCAGUUCACUCUUCAGAGCAGAAUAAUCAACGGGUCUUAAAAUAUAUCUAGAAAUCACACAUUAGGUGCAGAUUUAUGAGGCCAAUAUGUUGCUUCAAAUUAUAAUUUAAUGCAUACUUUACAAUUUAGGAGCUAUAAAGUGGACGUCAUUAAGUUCAUCAUGCUGUUGAAUGAUGUUUUUUUUUUCCGCUGUUAUUUUUUGUGCAUGCAGCCAUUGCAACCUGAACCAGAACCAAUCACACUGUUGUGAAUCAGUGAGUUGCUGGACAAGUUUUUUGUUUUUUUAACAAACAGCACGUGCUUGUGUAAUGAGUUGACAGCGCAGGUUUCAUGAAAUAUUGUUUUGUUUUUGUUGGUCUGACUUAAAGCACUUUUAAAACUAUGGCAUGAAUGAGCCCUCUUAAGAAAGAGGUUUAGUUAAAUGCAUUGGCUUCAACUCUUCUUGCCUUUAAGCUUUUGUUCAUUGGCCUCAUUAUUAUAGUUCAUUGCGUAUUGUAUAAUCUGGUUUCUAGAUACUUGAUUUCAGGAAGAAGUGUUUUCUGUAAUGGUGCACAUUCAAACCACAGCCUUAAAGGAGAUACAUGUAUUUCUGCUAAUUUAUUUAAACACAAGCUUCUUCAAAGUUAAGUUUGACUUGAUUAGAGAUUUAAAACGUGUACCUCCUUCUGAACCCAAUUAUUUUCACAGCACCGCAAGUUCAAUGUACACAUGAAUUCAUGAGUGAUGUGUUGUCUGGACCUUGUCUGUCUCUGAACUAGAGUCUAAAGAUUGUUGCAUGCAUGCUCGGUAUAAAUGGAUGACCCAGCUCGGUGUACUUGAACUCUCACUUGAACUGUAAAUAAAACAGAUUUCCUUA